AUGAAGAAGGCGGCAACAACGAUGAUGAACUCCACCAGGGUAUUGCGGGCACUCUCUGCAGCAACCGGCAGAGGUCGUUCCUCGUCUGUGCUGUUGGCCACUGGUCGCUCUGUGUCUCAUUUGGUAGCAAAUACGACUCCUGGCCAGACGAGGAGUACCAUACGCCCACAACCUGUCGUAUCGGUUCCAUCCCGAUCCAUCUUUGUCCAAUCCGUCGAGACACCCAAUCCAGAAUCCCUCAAGUUUGUCCCCACCGGUAUCGUCGUCUUGCCCGACGGCGAUGUCAAUGGCUUUUUUGUGAGCAAGAGCGAUCCUCAGGAAUCCAUUCUACGAUCGCCUUUGGCCAAGCAGUUGUUUCAAAUUGACGGAGUCAAGGCGGUCUAUUUGGGUGCCGACUUUGUCACCAUUACCAAGGUGGCUCGAUCUCCCUGGAAGUCAAUGCGACCGCAAAUUCUAGAUGUCUUGAUGAACUUUUUUGACGAGGACGUCCCGGCACUCCUCGAUCAACCCGAAUUUAUUGACACCACCAUUCUCGACGACGACGAUGAAAUAGUGGCCAUGAUCAAGGAAUUGAUUGAAUCCAGAAUUCGACCGGCAGUGCAAGAGGAUGGUGGCGAUAUCCGAUAUGUCAGUUUCGAAGAGGAAACUGGACUCUGUACGGUGGAACUGGCAGGUUCCUGUGUUGGUUGCCCUUCCUCCAGUGUCACAUUGAAACAGGGCGUGGAAAAUAUGUUACAGCACUAUGUGCCCGAAGUGACGGCUGUGGUUGCACUGGAAGAAGAAGUUGAAGAGUCAGAGGAAGCACCGCAAGAGGAAAAGAAACAGAAGACCUACGAGGAACGCUUGGCGGCGGCGGGAAUUCCGUUCAGCGACUGA